AUGUCGACAGGUCACUUUACAUCUUACCGAACGAUUCACCCAUUUGUCCACUUGACUGUAAUGAUGCUUUCAAAGGUGAAGCCCCUUUUCCCAGGAAAAACGCACAAUAUUUGGACUUUUCCAGCGUUAACGAGCAAAGAGCGGCAAUAUGCGCAUCAUAUGUCAAAAGCUUCUUUCAACGGAGCUCUGGCGGUCUUUUUGCAGGUGUCGCCGGAAUCUCCUGGCAUUUUCGUUACGUUCUUUAGACUGUUCAGGGCAGAGAGUUUAGAAUCUUUGAAAGGUGCAUUUAUCCUCACUCAUCCAAGGCUUAUAGUAUUGUAUCAUAGUUCAGAAAAAGCAAAGAAGUGCGGAUUUUCUGAUGAAGAGUGGGAUGCGUUCUUGAUGUAUGUGGCCGGAUUUUACUAUAAUAACGGAAACUACCGUGGAUUCGGAGACUCGAAGAUAAUCCCUGGCGUUGACAUGGUAUGA